GCAAAAACAAACUGAUAAGAGCCAAGCAAACGGAUUGCUCCAGGAUAUCAGUGACAUGCAAAAAGGAGCUGAAAGAGAAGGUAUAACACAGGCUAGAAGCAUGUUGCAUGUCCGAAGUUGCUUUUGUUCACCCAAGACAACAUUCACUGGUAGCAUUUAGAGUAUUUGUUACUCACAAUUCUUUGUUAUCAUCGCGCUACUUAUAGCUCUACUUCUACAGUAUUCCUACUUCCGUCAGAUAACUGAAGCUCUCAAUCUAUCUCAUUAGAGAGCUCAAUCAUGUCUAGUCCUUCGAACAUCGACCUUUCUCCCUUGCAACCGCUCGAGAUCCGUUAUAUGGUCCAGACCUUCAACAGGUUACCGCAACAUGCAACAACACCAAGCGGCCUAGUUAACCACUGGUACUUCAGCAUCAGACAUGUGCCCCUGAGUCCUCCUGGCGACCUCGUCCACUUUAUUCAUCCUUCCAGUGGCCUCGUCCACUGUGAAGGUCCCUACGCGGUGCUAACUCUCCCUUCACCAGAGGCUCAAGCUGAAGUUGUCGCACCUCUCCUCCUGAAAGCAUUCGUUUACGGUCUCAGCGGCGGUCCGAACGGGGAACGUAUACCACAACGACUACUCUCUGUUCCAUUCAGUUGGGCCACGAAAGAUCAAGCUCUUGCAGAAGCCCUUGGAAAGAAACUGGAAAGGAUGGGUGUGAGAAAGGAACUUUGCUCCAUAAGCUGGGGAAACGCAUACGAGGAUCUAGUGGCGGACGAAUCAUGGUCUAGGGUCCUUUGUGAACUGGCGCGUCUCAAACAUCAGAACCAGAGCCUCGGACAAUCUGAAAUGGAAUUCCCUGGUGUGAACGCCCAGUUCUGCCAUGGAUGCAAGAAGCUGUUUCCCCUCUCAGAUCCCUUGCAUCCUUGUCCAGGAUGUCGAGACGUAUACUACUGCUCCAGGGACUGUCAGUUCUUGGAUACUCCGGAACAUAUACAAAUCUGCGGGGGUCCUUCAAGUGCACUACCAGAAAACGAUGCCAUUCCGGGCUUUGAAAUCAGUCCCAUGAGCGCUUCUCAGUAUUACAACGAAAUUGCCUACAGAGUGCCCGAAGCACGAGCUUUAGCUAGAUCAAUUAAGUUGACCCUUCCAAAAGGACAAGGGAGCAACAAUGUGAUCCAACCACUGCGACGGCUCGUCAUUACCGGCGAAGACACACCAGAGAACUUGGAGCUCUUAUUUGGUCCAAACUGGAAAGAGAGCUCGAGUCAGGUCCAUGAACGAAUUCGGCUCGAGGUUAUCCUUCGUCCACCACGUGAAUCCAUUAGUUAUGGUAUCUACGCCAGAAUGGACGAAGGUACCCCUGCAUGGUCGCCACGCGCAGCAAAUGACGCUGAGAGGCGUAAGGUUCGGACGAUUCGAGACAUCCAGUUCAUUGCACGGAAUAACCCAGGAAAGGACAUACAACAUUCGCUUCCUAACUUUGGCUACAGUGAAGAUGAGUUACAGGCUUUGUUGCGGUCCUGGAAUCAGAACAGUGGGAUCGAGUUGGACAGGGAGUCAGUAGCAGAAGCAAUUCUCGAAAGCAAUGCGACAGAUCACUGGCGAUGUCAUGUGGUGUUGUGA